AUUGGUGCUGUUCCUUUAGCUGCUUUAGGAGCUCCUGCUCUUGAUCCUGCCCUAGCUGCUCUUGGGCUUCCUGGAGCAAACUUAAACUCUCAGUCUCUUGCAGCAGAUCAACUACUAAAGCUUAUGAGCACAGUGGAUCCAAAGUUGAACCAUGUAGCUGCAGGUCUUGUUUCACCAAGUCUGAAAUCAGAUACCUCCAGUAAAGAAAUAGAAGAAGCUAUGAAAAGAGUACGAGAAGCACAGUCAUUAAUUUCUGCUGCUAUAGAGCCAGACAAAAAAGAUGAAAAACGAAGGCAUUCAAGGUCAAGGUCACGCUCAAGGAGGAGGAGGACACCUUCUUCAUCUAGACACAGACGGUCAAGAAGCAGAUCAAGGAGAAGGUCCCAUUCAAAAUCAAGAAGCAGGAGGCGAUCUAAAAGUCCAAGGCGAAGAAGAUCUCAUUCCAGAGAGAGAAGCAGAAGGUCUAGGAGCACAUCCAAAACCAGGGAUAAAAAGAAGGAAGAGAAAGAAAAGAAACGUUCUAAAACUCCCCCCAAAAGCUACAGCACAACUAGACGAUCAAGAAGCACAAGCAGAGAAAGACGACGUAGAAGAAGCAGGAGUGGAACACGGUCACCUAAAAAACCCAGGUCUCCUAAAAGGAAAAUGUCCCGGUCCCCAUCUCCAAGAAGACAUAAAAAGGAAAAAAAGAAGGAUAAAGACAAGGAGAGAAGCAGAGAUGAGAGGGAGCGGUCAACAAGCAAGAAAAAAAAAAGCAAAGACAAAGAGAAGGAUCGAGAACGAAAAUCCGAGAGUGAUAAAGAUGUGAAAGUCACAAGGGAUUAUGAUGAAGAAGAACAAGGAUAUGACAGCGAGAAGGAGAAAAAGGAAGAAAAGAAAAUGGCAGAUUCUUCCUCCCCUAAAGUAAAGGAGUCUGCCGCUGAUAAAGGAAGUGGAGAUUCAGCAAGGGAAUCCAAAGUAAAUGGGGAUGAUCAUCACGAAGAGGACAUGGAUAUGAGUGACUGAAUUUUGCCUUUGCAGUGAACACAGCUGCAGACGUGCAUCAGUGUCAUUCCUGUGUGAUUCUUUUAUGCUGUACUUGUUAAUCCUAAAUCUAGAUGUAUACAGCUCUAAGCUAUACCUGGUUUGUAAGUCUCCUGAUACUAACUCACAUCAAAAGCUUUAUAGAAAGGUAACCAUUCUUGUUAACGGCCAAAAGGGAUUGCAUAGCCAAGCAAUUUUUACUAACUUGGUGAUGCUUCAAGCAACAGUAAAAAGCUGCAUGCAUCUACAGCAGGCAUGGACUGUUUGUUGUAUGAUCUCCUUUAGUAAAUCAGCUCACUUAUGAUAGUGUUUCUAGAAUUUGAUUCAUUGCAGUAAUAGAGCAGUAUAGGGAAUGCACUGACUGCAUGUUGAUUGUGGCAGAAACAUCCUAAAUGUUCUAAAGUCCUACAACAUAUGGUGGAUCUACUUAAGGGUCUUAAGUGUGACUACACAAAAAAAAAUUGACAGUACAUCUGAAAAGAAGCAUUCUGAUAUAGAUAGUUUUUGGGUUGUUUUUUUUUUAAGCCAUGUGGCUGGGGUUGUUUUUUGUUUUGUUUUGUUUUUUUCCCGGUGGGUUUUGUUUGGCUUUGACAAAGUUAAAAUGCACUAACCUUUUUGAGGGCUUUUUUUAAUCUGUCAGUUCAAAUCCAUCUCAGGUGACUUGUAAUGGUUCUUAACUUUCCUUCUUGAGCCUUGGGAAGUGAAAAUCUCUGAUCGGUGCCCAGUGAUUAAAGGUUGAUUUGUGCAGUUUUCAUAAUCCAGGUAAUUUUAUUUGUUACGGAUCUAAACACAUUGCAAAAAGGUAGUGCAUUUUAAAAUUGACCUUCGUAUGCUUUUAAAAGCAAGUCUACUUGAUAAUGUACUUUUUACUUGAUCUCAAGUUGUAUAAACUAAUAAAUUUGUGUUUACUGUCACUGCAGUAGUAAUCUUAUGCACACAGUGAUUCCAUGUUAUAUGCAAAGUAGUUAGACAAGCUGUUUUCUUAGUUACAGAAGUUCAAGAGCUUUUACUUUUGUGCAGGUAAAAAGACAAAAGUAGGCUACAGUCUGUGCCAUGUUGAUGUACAGUUUCUGAAAUUGUUUUACAAAACUUUGAUAAUAAAACCCUUAAACUUA